AUGGCAGAGCCCCCCGCGAAAAGAGCAAGACGGGUCGAUAGCUCGACAAUGUGGGACUUAGACGAACGGAAAACGCGCUCCCCUGAGCCGGACUCAGAUAUUGGCAGAAGCCCUCGGCGUGACGCACAUCAGAAGGACGAUCGGCGGCGUGACGGGCCCCGUGAUGACAGAAGAUAUCGUUCACGCUCAAGAGAUCGGGUUGAAAGGCGCAGAGAAAGGAGCAGGUCUCGAGAUCGGCGUGACCGGGACCGGGACCGGGACCGCGAUCGCGAUAGGACAGAUCGAGAUAGAGAUGGUCGGGGAGCAAGGGACCGAGAUAUAAGCGCGACCAGAGAAAGACAUUCCGAUCGACGAGGAUAUCGAGACAGAUACCGCGACCGCUCCCGCUCACCUAAUCGGAAUGGGAAUAGGAACAGGACUAGAACUCCGCCACCUCGAGGGCCUAAGGGAGAUCGCAGAGACGAUCGCAAAGAUAAUCGUCCGUAUGGCAAUGGUGUCCCACAUUCACCGUCACGACGAGACAAGGACGAGAUGGAGUUGGACCCCGCAGUACCGAUCGAAGAAGAUGAAAUGGAGGCGCUGAUGCGCAAGACCGUGGGUUUUACAAGGUUCAGGAGCACAAAGAAUACCAAAGUGCCUGGGAACGACGUCUACGGUGUACGGAAAGAGAAGAAGACUGUGUACAGACAGUACAUGAACCGUGUAGGCGGAUUCAACAGGCCCCUCAGUCCUUGA